AUGCGUCUGGCACGCUUGACAACCCUCAUCACCUCCGCCAUAGUCCUCAUCUUCCUGACGUACACCUAUACGAACCUCUUUACGCGCAUACCUAUUCCCUUUCACAGAUCAAAAACCACAGACAAAAUGGGCGGCGGUCCAGUUCAAGGCUUCCGUUCGGCAGCCUACUUUGUCAAUUGGGCAAUCUACGGCCGCAAGCACCGUCCCCAGGACCUCCCCGUCGAGAACCUCACCCACAUCCUCUACGCCUUCGCCAACGUGCGCUCCGACUCGGGCGAGGUCCACCUCACUGACGGCUGGGCCGAUACCGACAUCCACUGGGAGGGCGACAGCUGGAAUGAUGUCGGAACAAACCUAUACGGUUGCAUGAAGCAGCUCAACCUGCUCAAGCGCCGCAACCGCAACCUCAAGGUUCUCCUGGUGGUCGGCGGCUGGACAUACUCGUCCAACUUCAAAGCCCCGGCGAGCACGCCCCAGGGCCGCGACACCUUUGCGCGCAGCUGCGUCGACCUGAUCAAGAAUUUGGGCUUUGAUGGUAUCGACAUCGAUUGGGAAUACCCCCAAACCGCUGAAGAAGCCUCCGACUUCGUUGCCCUCCUCCAGACUAUCCGCUCCGCCAUGGACCAGUAUGCCUCGACGCUGCCGGAAUGGUACCACUUCGAACUGAGCGUCGCCUGCCCCGCCGGUGCCCAAAACUACCAAAAGCUCAACCUGCCCGCCAUGGACGCCCUCGUCGACUUCUGGAACCUCAUGGCGUACGACUACGCUGGGUCGUGGGACAGCAUUGCGGGACACCAGGCCAACCUACAACCUUGCCAGAAGAACCCAAAGUCGACGCCCUUCAGCACCGCCGCGGCGCUGGCGCACUACACCUCGCACGGCGUGCCGCCGGACAAGCUUGUUCUAGGCAUGCCGCUCUACGGCCGCGCCUUUGAGAACACGGACGGACCCGGCACGCCGUACUCUGGCGUCGGGGAGGGGACCUGGGAGAGUGGCGUGUUCGACUACAAGGUGCUGCCGAUGCCGGGGGCGCAGGAGUACCACGACGAGGAGACGGGCGCGAGUUACUCGUAUGAUGCUGGCCAGAGAAAGAUGGUCACCUACGACACGGUACACAUGGCGCGGAGGAAGGCCGAGUAUAUCAAGGGAUGGGGUCUUGGGGGCGCCAUGUGGUGGGAGAGCAGUGCCGAUAAACCCGGGCACGAGUCACUGAUUGGUAAUGUCGUGCACACAUUUGGUGGUCCGAAUGGAUUGUUGCGGCGCGAUAAUUGUCUGACAUAUCCCGAGACGAAGUAUGACAAUUUGCGGAAUGGAUUCGCGGGUUAA